UGCAGGUUUCUUGUGCCCCGGAGGAGUCUCCAGAGCCCCCCGUGCUCUCCCGUGCCCGUCCUGCGAGCCCGGGCCCCCGCUGCAGCCCUGCCCUGCGCCCCACAGGGCCCUACAGCCUCAGCCUGUGCCCCCAGAGCCCUCAGAGCCCCUACUGCUCCCCCAGAGCCCCUGCGGCCCCCACCACUCGGCUGUCAUCCCCCAGAUUUCCCAUUUCUCUGCCCCCAGAUCUCCCAUUUCUCCUCUGUAGCCUCUGCCUGCACCCCUGGAGUGUGUGUGGCUCCUGCCUGCACCUCUGCAGCCCCCUCCAGCCCCCGGCCUGUGCCCUCGCAGCCCCCACUGCUCCUCCAGGGCCCCCAUCCAAGCUCCCAGAACUCCUACAGCCCCUGAACCGCACUCCCGUGGCUCCCAAGUGUGCCUCCCCAGGCCCAGCACUUCCCUCCUAACACUGUUCCCUCUCAGGCUCUCUUGUGCUCGUGUCCUGGGCCUCAAACUCGCUGUCUUCACCUCCCCCUGAGGCCCUGUCCAUCUGGUGCCCCCCCUGCCAGCUCCCAUGUUGUAUCCUGGGGGGUUCCUGUGCGCAGCCCCUCCUGUUCACCACCAGUUUAUGCUGCAUCCCCGGGUCACCAGGACUCAGCGUGCCGUGGCACGUACUGGGGCGCCUGCCCUUUGCUCUCUACCCCCUCAGUUCCCCCAGCGCUGCAGCCACCUCUGCCCCUCUGGCCUGUGUGGUGGCACCCAUCUCAGGGUGUCUUUGCUUUGGGUCAAGCCCCAGGCUCACCCCCUGCACCCUGUCCCUCGUUGUUGGGGACUAGUACAGCAGUUUGCUGGAGGACUCGGGAGCUCAGUUUUUAAGGACUGAAGACAUAAUCACGCAGUGAACAGCAGAGAAGCCACCUGGAAGAACAACCCUCCUCGCCCUCUGUUGUUAUGGCAGGGGGAAGGCGGGGCCCUAACCGAACGUCCUACUGCCGAAAUCCCCUCUGUGAGCCUGGGGCCGCUGGCGGCUCCGGCCAUUCCACGAGUUCCUCUGUCACGGGUGUUCGCUCACGCACCAGGGGCGGUUCAGGUACAGGCCUUUCCAGCCCACCUUUGGCGACGCAGACAGUCGUCCCCCUCCGGCACUGUAAGAUCCCCGAGCUGCCUGUGGAGAGGAGCGUGCUGUUUGAACUUCAGCUCUUCUUCUGUCACCUCGUUGCUCUGUUUGUCCACUACAUCAACAUCUACAAAACUGUGUGGUGGUACCCACCCUCCCAUCCGCCUUCGCACACGUCACUGAACUUUCAUCUGAUCGACUUCAACGUGCUGACAGUGACGACGAUCGUCCUGGCACGCCGGCUGAUCGGUGCUAUUGUGAAGGAGGCUUCACAGAGUGGCAAAGUCUCCCUGCCACGCUCUGUUUUCCUGGUGAUCACUCGGUUUGCUGUUCUCACCGGCACAGGCUGGAGUUUGUGUCGAUCAAUAAUUCACCUUUUCAGAACCUACUCUUUCCUUAAUCUCCUGUUCCUGUGUUACCCGUUUGGCAUGUACAUUCCCUUCCUUCAGCUGAACUGUGACUUUCGGAAGACGGGCCUCUUCUCCCAGGUGGCCAACAUCGGUCCCAGAGAGACCGGCGAGGUGAACUCCAGGAGCAGAGACUACCUGACCGUCCUAAAGGAAACCUGGAAGCAGCACACUCGACAGAUGUACGGCAUGGAGGCCAUGCCCACUCACGCCUGCUGCCUCUCCCCAGAUCUCAUCCGCAAUGAGGUGGAAUACCUGAAAAUGGACUUUAACUGGCGGAUGAAAGAGGUGCUGGUGAGCUCCAUGCUCAGUGCCUACUACGUGGCCUUUGUGCCGGUCUGGUUUGUGAAGAACACUCAGUACUAUGACAAACGCUGGUCGUGUGAGCUCUUCCUUCUGGUUUCCAUCAGCACGUCUGUCAUCCUGAUGCAGUACCUCUUACCUGCGCGCUACUGUGACCUGCUCCACAAAGCCGCCGCGCACCUGGGCUGCUGGCAGAAGGUCGAUCCAGCCCUCUGCUCCAACGUGCUACAGCAUCAGUGGACAGAGGAGUGCAUGUGGCCGCAGGGAGUGUUAGUGAAACACAGCAAGAACGUGUACAAAGCUGUGGGUCAUUACAACGUGGCGGUGCCCUCGGACGUCUCGCACUUCCGCUUUCACGUAAGAUCACGUCUCCUUUCUGGGGAUCCUCAGCAGGCUCACGCUCCCCUUGUCCUGGACGCCUCAGGCCGCCUGAGCUGGCUCUCCCAAGCAGGAGAGCUGCCCGUGGGGUGUGCCGGGGCGGUAGAACGAGCCGGGCUCAGUACGGUCUUUCCCGUUAGUUCCCACGUCUCCCAUCGGCGCUGCCAGAGGCGACUCUGGCCCCUGCAAACUGGGGCUCUCUCCAGAGCCCUUCACGGGUAAAUGUGGCGCCUCCAGAGGGGAAUCCAGAGGGAUCCGCACCAGCCUCUGCCUCGCAUGUCCUGUUGAAAACGUGUCCCCAAGGGUCUGACCUCGCUCGGUGC